AUGCUCUCCGCGUUUACGGCCGGACCUCUGGUCGAGUUUCGACCACGCGAUAAGUCAAAAAUCGAGUCCUUGCUGGCGUGUGGAGAUAGACUGAUUGUGGGUUUAAAUACUGGGAGCUUGCGAAUAUACCGGGUCAAUACUGGGGGCGAUGAGGAAGCUGAGACAACUCGCCAGGCCCAACCCGCUGAAAACACGGGCGAAUCAGCCGAUGGGGAAGUGCCUUCUACAGCUAUAAAAGUGAAACCGGCGGAUUUACUUAGAGAGGAGGAUAAAUUUGCAAAAUACAAGAUUGAACAGCUGGCGAUUAUCAAAGAGGCGAAUGUGUUGCUCUCGUUAUCUGGUGGAUAUGUCUUCAUGCACGAUUGGCAGACCUACCACUUGCAACAGCAAUUAAUGCAAACAAAGGGUGCAUCCUCGUUUGCGGUGACAUCUAAUAUCGUGAAAGAUUUGGCUACCGGCGUUCCCUCAAUCGUGUCUCGUCUCGCUGUUGCGGUGAAACGGAAAGUGAUGAUGUGGACAUGGCGUGAUAUGGAACUUGAAGAGGAAACCUCCGAAAUCAUACUUGUGAGCGGGAUUAAAACGCUUACAUGGGCGACUGGUACAAGAUUGCUGGCAGGCUUAAAUACUUGCUACGUUCUUGUGGAUAUGGAAACCAAGGCUGUUACAGAUAUUGUUGGGCCCGGUUCCAUUGGCGGACCUGGCGGGCAGGAUCAUGGCCGACUCGGCAUGGCAGGUAUGAGCUAUAUAGGAAUUGGUGGCACGGCUCCGAAACCAUUGGCAACGAGGCUUUCUGAGGGCCAGAUGUUGCUUUCAAAAGAUGUCAAUACCCAUUUUAUUGAUACAGAUGGAAACUCCCUUGAAAGACGACAGAUCCCUUGGAAUGCAGCUCCACAUGCUGUCGGGUACUCUUACCCGUAUCUCCUUGCGCUUCAAGAGCCUUCAAAAGGAACAUUAGAAGUGCGCAAUCCCGAGUCGUUAUCUUUGCUCCAAUCCAUCUCGCUUCAAUCGGCAGGCAUAAUACAUAUACCACAGCCUAAUAUCAGCCUCGCACAUGCUGGAAAAGGGUUUCUUGUUGCCAGUGAGCGUGCUAUCUGGAGGAUGAAUGCUCUAGACUAUGACUCUCAGAUCAACUCUUUAAUCGAACAAGGCCAGCUUAACGAAGCCAUCAGUUUACUUGAGAUGCUUGAGGAUGCUCUGCUCACUGACAAGCCCGGGCGGCUACGGCAAGUCAAGCUGCGGAAAGCGCAACAUCUAUUUGAUAGCCGAAAGUACCGCGCAUCGCUGGAUUUGUUUACAGAGGUAUCAGCACCUCCUGAGCUUGUGAUUCGUUUGUAUCCGAAGUUAAUUGCCGGGGAUCUCUCAACAGUAGUGGAAGAAAAUUCGCGACUAGAGGAUGAGGAGGGUACAAGUGAAGUACCCCAGGUAGCCAAUGGGCUUAAAUUGAAUGGAACGGAUGUUAUCACGGAGGACGCAAGCAAGGCAAAAACUGUUGGGGAUACGCCAUCAGUAAGGUCGAUAUUGAGACGUGGAACAGAAGACGGCUCCAGUGAAACGAACAGCAUUCGCAAAACAACUUUGGAUAAAGAUAGCAGUUCUACAGACAAAUCUCUCCAUGGAAAGGACCUCAAGGCUGCAGUUUAUGAACUGCAAGGAUUUCUCGCGGAUAUACGUCGAAAACUUCAAAGAUUUAUUAACCCUGAUGGGAGCGUUGAAGUGUUAGAUCUACGUGCCAGUAGUGAAUCCGAAGAAAUCACCAAAUCUGUUAUUAAAACCCUAGAAGUAUCCAUAGACGAUAAAGAUACGGAUAUUAUUAGCAGGGUUCAAAGGGUUGCUACUCUCGUCGAUACCACACUUUUCCGUGCACAUAUGUACGCGACGCCCUCUCUAGCAGGAUCCCUCUUCCGCAUUGCGAAUUUUUGCGACCCAAACGUAGUUAUGGAAAAACUGGAAGAGACGUGUCGCUAUAGCGAACUUAUCGAUUUUCUCUUUGGUAAGAAGCUCCAUCGUCCUGCCCUUGAACGGCUCCGGAAAUUUGGUCAGGCAGAGGAAGAGAACAGUGCACCACAACUUCUUGGCCCAAAUCGUACUAUUACCUACCUACAAAAUCUACCUCCCGAAAUGAUAGACUUGAUUCUCGAAUUUGCAGAAUGGCCGAUUCGCGCUGAUCCGGAAUUGGGAAUGGAGAUUUUCAUGACCGAUACAGAGAAUGCAGAGACAUUACCAAGGAAAGAGGUGUUGGAUUUUUUGCAAGGAAUCGAUCCGGAUCUUGCCAUCAAAUAUUUGGAGUAUAUCAUUGAUGAACUAAAUGACAUGACGCCUGAUCUACAUCAGCGACUGUUGCUGCUAUAUCUAGAAAGCUUGAAAAUUAUGGAAAGCAAAGAAAGAUGGGAUGAGUGUAUGCAAAAAUUCCUGGCCAUGCUGAAGCUAAGCGAGCAGUACUCUCCCGCAAAAAUGCUGGAUAAACUGCCCAGGGAUGAUCCAAAUUUCUAUGAGGCAAGGGCUCUGGUAUUCAGUAAAAUGGGCCAGCACAAACAAGCACUAGAAAUAUAUGUUUUUAGGUUAAACAAUCCCCAGAAAGCAGAGGAAUACUGCAAUCAAGUAUAUCUAGCAGAUGAUCCCCACCUCAACAGGGCCGACGGAACCCAUAAAGUUUCACCAACGGACCGUGACGAAGCCCAUCCAUCCAUAUAUCAUACCCUCCUCUCACUCUAUUUGUCCCCGCCCCAUGGGUCCGGGCCGCAGUUUGGCCCAGCAAUUGAAAUCCUUGCAAAGCAUGGUUCCCGACUACCUGCCAAUUCCACAUUAGACCUCAUUCCGGAAAGUUUUCCUGUUCACGAAUUAGAAUUUUAUUUUCGUGGGAGGAUACGGGCGGAAAAUUCCAUUGUGAACGAAGGAAGGAUAGUUGCAGCUUUGAGGAAAGUGCAAAGCAUUGAUACUGAGGCUGAUUUAUUACUCGGCGAUGGCGUUUUGGGUGGGAAUAAAGGGAGGAAUCGGUUUGUGACGGUAACCGAAGAUAGAAUGUGCGGAGUUUGCCAUAAACGACUUGGCGGUAGUGUUAUCAGCGUUUUUCCUGAGUAA